AAAAGAACAAAGCAGUAAACUGACACACUACUGCAAGGACCUCUUCCCUUAGGUAACCUCUGACUUGUACAAGUGAGUCCCCAGCUCAAAGACUCAGGUAAUAUUCUGAAUGCUCCAAUGCUCCAAAUGCUCCAAGGUCUGAGUCUGAGCUAGUUGCGUCUUUGCCACACCAAUCUGCUCUCACCUAACUCUAGAGUUGGCUAGAUGCAGGCCUUGGAACCUAAAGAUGCAGUCUCAAAAGUACCUUGGGCCCCAGAGUAGCCUCAGUCUCAGACCUCACAGGAUGAGACCAGUGACCCACCUGGGAGGGCUUCUGACCUCUGACUCUUCUAGUUCAUCCUCUGCUCACAGCUACUCAAGAAUUCCUUCCACCCAGGCCUAUGAGACCCUGAGGCCACUGUCUGCUCCUCCAUCCCCUGCUGAUCUUAAUAUGCACUAUAGGAUCUAUUCUGCGCCCUGUUUUGUGCUUGGGUUAGGGCAAUGAGCCCGCAACCCCGGAAUAGAGACCCAGGCCACGCCUUACGUGGCCUCCAGAUGGCGCAGCCGAAAAGCCGGUAGUUGGGCUCCUCCAAACUCAACUGCUCUGGACUGGCGCCGGCCCCUCAAGCCCGCAGAUUCCAGGCCUUGCUUACUCAAGCUGGGUCCGGCUCAGACGGACCCCUCACCAUACCGGCAUUGUGCCGCGCUGCCUCAUUUCUACUCCCGCCUGGGGUCGGACCUUAAAUCCUGGCAGGCCCACGUUCCACAUGUCCAUUUAUUUGUUCAUUUGUGUGUGUUCGUGGGUCCGUGCGCCCUUCUUCGGCCGCGGCACGUGCAGAGUUAAGGCGGGAGGAGGUUUCCCAGAGUCUGGGGAAGGGGGAGCGAGGGGCGGACCCGGUCCAGCCCCGCCCCACGCCCGAGCGGUGCAGGAGCCCCGCCGGAGCUCGGCUACAGCCCUAGCCAGAGCGGGCGUCAGCGGAGGCGGAACGGCGGACCCCGUGCCCCGGCGGCACGGAACCCCGGCGGGUGGAGGCAAUUCCCUGGACUGCUCAGACACUCCUCGCAUCCUUGGCAGAAUCAAGAUGAGAUUCUAUCAUGUCUCCCCAGUAAGGCCUACAGCCUGAGCAGAUAGCAUGGCCUGCCACAGCAGUGAAUGACAUGGCUGCAGGUGGUGGCCACACCUUUGCUUGGCAGGUGUUUCCCCCCAUGCCCACUUGCCGGGUGUAUGGAACAGUGGCGCACCAGGAUGGGCAGGUGCUGGUGUUGGGGGGCUGUGGCCGGUCUGGGUUACCCUUGGAUACUGCCGAAACACUGGACAUGGCCUCGCACACAUGGCUGGCACUGGCGCCUCUGCCCACUGCCCGAGCUGGUGCAGCUGCUGUGGUUCUGGGCAAGCAGGUGCUAGUGGUGGGGGGUGUGGAUGAAAUCCAGAGUCCAGUAGCUGCUGUGGAGGCCUUCCUAGCUGAUGAAGGCCGCUGGGAGCGUCGGGCCACCCUUCCUCAAGCAGCCAUGGGUGUUGCAACUGUAGAGAGAGAUGGUAUGGUGUAUGCCCUGGGAGGAAUGGGCCCUGACACGGCCCCCCAGGCCCAGGUACGGGUAUAUGAGCCCCGCCGUGACUGCUGGCUUUCGCUACCCUCCAUGCCCACACCCUGCUAUGGGGCUUCUACCUUCCUGCAUGGGAACAAGAUCUAUGUCUUGGGGGGCCGCCAGGGCAAGCUCCCAGUGACUGCUUUUGAAGCUUUUGAUUUGGAGGCCCGUACCUGGACCCGGCAUCCGAGCCUGCCUAGCCGCCGGGCCUUUGCUGGCUGUGCCAUGGCUGAAGGCAAUGUUUUUAGCCUGGGUGGCCUGCAGCAGCCUGGGCCCCACAACUUCUACUCCCGUCCACAUUUUGUCAACACUGUGGAAAUGUUUGAUCUAGAACAUGGGUCCUGGACCAAGCUGCCUCGCAGCCUGCGUAUGAGGGAUAAGAGGGCAGACUUUGUGGUUGGCUCCCUUGGGGGCCACAUCUUGGCCAUCGGGGGUCUUGGAAACCAGCCAUGCCCUCUUGGCUCCGUGGAGAGCUUCAGUCUUACACGUCGGCGCUGGGAGGCACUGCCUGCCAUGCCCACAGCUCGCUGCUCCUGUUCUAGCCUACAGGCAGGGCCCCGGCUGUUUGUUAUUGGGGGUGUGGCCCAGGGCCCCAGUCAAGCUGUAGAGGCACUAUGUCUGUGUGAUGGAGUCUGAAGGCCUGGUUGGGUCUGUUCACUGGAGCAGCUCAGUACAGGAGCAGGUGUUUGUGGCUCCAUUUGCUGCUGAAGGAGCUCUAUAUGGCUCUGGGAUAAGGGAGGCAUAUGGACAGGCACUUGAGGCAUUCCUUUGGGGGCUUGGGUUAGGGAGCCUUUGUCUUUAGUAUAGGCCAAGUAUAUGCUCACAUCUAACUUUACCACAAUUAAUUCAUGAACCAUAAUUCUAGCUCCACCCUUACCCAGGAGCCCCCUAGGCCCUGUGUCCAACAGGAAAGUGGGCUCAGGAGAGAGCUGGCCUUACACCCUGUAGGAUAGGCAUUGACUAUCUCGAGUUAGCCAGAAUCAUCUAAGUGGUCAUUCCUGAAAAAUCCCAGCCUAUCUUGAAGGUUCCUGCAGACCUAGGUAUAUUCAGAGAGGGUGAGGGACACAGAGGGAAUGGAGGAAAGGACGUAAAAACUGCCAGAGGGCAAGAAGAAUUGUGACUUUGGGCCCUCUACGUUGCUGGUUGUAUGACCUUGGGCAAGUCAUUUCACCUCUCUGUGCCUCAACAUCCUCGUCUGUGAAUGAGGAUCUCUGAAACUUUCCUACCCUACCUACCUCACAGGGCUGUUGUGAGGAUCUAGGAAUUUUGGAUAUGAAAGUAAAAGUAUUCCUGAAAUCUGA